ACCGGCGGCCUCAACAAAGACUACAUCUCCGCCCCAAAGCCACCUCAUCAUCUCACCGGAAAACUCUCCGCGAAGCCCCUAACUUCUCUCUUCCAAAUUCAAUAUCAAUCUCAUAUCCAACCUAUACUCACCACUCUCCUCUGUAUCCUGUAUCUAUUCACACCUCAACUCUCUCUAACAAAAUUGAAUUACUGUUUCUUAUUCAUUCCUUUCUUUCAUCUUUGAUUUUCUCCACCAAUUUUUUUAAGAAGGCAAGGAGUAAUGAUCCGAGUAUCGAAGCUGUAAAUUAUGCUGGAUUCCGGAAUGUACCCCUUCUGCUGCGUCUCAUCAAUGGCGAUCAGCAACUCCUCCAUCCCUGCCGCCGCCGCGACCUCGAGGGUUUCGUCGGCGCGUGUUUCCGCCGCCGAUCACGGCGCCGGUGCUGUGAGCUUGAGCAAUUCGAACAGCAAUCGCCACAGUCAUAAUCAUGGUCAGAGCCGCGAUUUGAAGAUUAACGAUAUAGUUGGGGACGGGGUUUCGGGGAUUCUGUACAAGUGGGUGAAUUACGGGAGGGGAUGGCGGCCGCGGUGGUUCGUGUUGCAAGACGGAGUGUUGAGCUAUUAUAAGAUCCAUGGGCCGGAUAAGAUUGUUGUUAAUCAGGAGACGGAGAGCGGUUCUAGGGUGAUUGGGGAGACAUCGAUGCGGCGGGUUAUGAGGCAGCAUAGCUACCAGAAUCAUCAUCACUGGAAUGGAACUUCUCCGGGGAAGAGCCGGACGCCAGUUGGUGAAGUUCAUUUGAAGGUCUCGUCUAUUCGAGAGAGCCGAUCAGAUGAUAGGAGAUUCUCUAUUUUUACGGGUACAAAGAGGCUCCAUCUAAGGGCUGAGAGCAGAGAGGAUAAAUUAGCAUGGAUGGAGGUAUUGCAGACUAUGAAGGACAUGUUUCCAAGGAUGUCCAACAGUGAGUUAAUGGCUCCCGUGGACAACCUAGCUGUAUCGACUGAAAAGCUGAGGCGGAGGUUGUUGGAAGAAGGGGUGAGCGAGGCUGUAAUUCAGGACAGUGAGCAGAUCAUGAAGGAUGAGUUCUCUUCACUGCAGAAUCAGCUGAUGCUCUUGAAACAGAAGCAUUGGUUUCUCAUGGACACAUUGCGGCAGUUAGAGACAGAAAAAGUGGAUCUGGAGAAUACAGUUGUUGACGAGAGUCAGAGGCAGUUAAAAGAAAUUGGAGCAUCCUCUAGAUCAAGGCAAGAUAAGUAUAGUGAAAGUGCCAGUGAGUCUGAAUAUGAAAAUGAAGGAGCUGGUGCAGCUGACGAAGACACAGAUGAAGAAGAUAAUACUUUCUUUGACACCAAGGAUUUUCUUUCUUCUAGCUCUUUUAAGAGCAAUGAGUCCGACUUUAGGACAUCGUCAUUGUCAUCUGGUGACGAUCUUAGUACUUUUGAAUCUGAGGAUGGUAUUGAUCCUGACAUUAGAUCUGCCGGAAGAAACUUUCCUCAUGUUAAGCGUAGGAAAAAAUUACCCGAUCCUGUCGAGAAGGAGAAAGGAGUGAGUUUAUGGUCAAUGAUCAAAGACAACAUCGGGAAGGAUCUCACGAAAGUUUGUCUCCCUGUCUACUUCAAUGAGCCUCUCUCUUCUCUGCAAAAAUGUUUUGAAGAUGUUGAAUAUUCAUAUCUUCUUGAUCGAGCUUAUGAAUGGGGGAAGAAGGGUAACAACCUAAUGAGGAUUCUAAAUGUAGCUGCAUUUGCUGUAUCUGGCUAUGCUUCUACAGAAGGAAGAAUUUGCAAACCUUUUAAUCCAUUGUUAGGGGAGACUUAUGAAGCUGAUUAUCCAGACAAAGGCUUGCGAUUUUUCUCAGAAAAGGUGAGUCAUCACCCCAUGAUUGUAGCAUGCCAUUGCGAGGGCACAGGCUGGAGAUUUUAUGGCGAUAGUAAUCUGAAAAGCAAAUUCUGGGGUCGGUCCAUUCAGCUUGAUCCAGUGGGCAUUCUGACUGUCGAAUUCGAUGAUGGAACAGUAUUUCAAUGGAGUAAGGUUACAACAUCAAUAUAUAAUCUCAUUUUGGGAAAACUAUAUUGUGACCACUAUGGUACUAUGCGGAUACAAGAAAAUUACGACUACUCUUGUAAGCUUAAAUUCAAGGAGCAGUCCAUCAUAGACCGGAAUCCUCAUCAGGUGCAUGGAGUUGUCCAAGACAAGAGUGGAAAGACGGUGGCAACAUUGUUUGGGAAAUGGGAUGAGAGCAUGCACUAUGUUGAUGGAGAUUGCUCCAAAGGAAAAGGUCAUGAAUCUCUGUCUGAAGCUCGAUUGCUAUGGAAACGCAGCAAGCCUCCGCAGUUCCCAACACGUUAUAACUUGACUCGCUUUGCCAUCACAAUGAAUGAGCUUACUCCAGGAUUAAAGGAGAAGCUACCCCCAACAGAUUCAAGAUUGAGACCUGACCAGAGGUGCUUGGAAAAUGGUGAGUACGAGAAGGCGAACGUUGAAAAAUUGCGGCUAGAGCAACGUCAACGACAGGCUAGGUCGAUGCAAGAGAAGGGGUGGAAGCCACGUUGGUUUGCGAAAGACAAAGGAUCGGAGACAUACCGUUAUGUUGGUGGAUACUGGGAAGCUAGGGAACAGGGCAACUGGGAAGCAUGCCACGAUGUUUUUGGUAAUAUACAUUCUGAUCACACUAUAGACUGACGUAGAGAGGGAAAUUGGUCCUUGAUUAGUUUUGUUCGUUGGUAGUAGUUAGGAAAUGAUGAGGAUUGGUCUGUAUGAGUUGCAAAUAUACAUAUAUGAAUAUAUAUAAGUGUGUAUGUCUCCUAUAUAAACUGAAAUCGAAUGUAUUGGCAAAGAUGAAGCAGCGAAGUUGUUUCAACCUUAAAUACGUACUCAUUGCAUAUUCA